CGCAGCAGCCUGGAGGGAAGCAGCGUGCGACAGUCCUGCCUACCCAGACAGAGCUUGUGAUUUUGCGUGCUCACGGGAAUACGACAGAAAGGACCACCCACCAUGUCGGCAGUUACGGAGGUUCAGAACAACACAACCGAGGCCCUGGCCGCCCUGCUAGACGCAGGUGAAGGCGCCCUGGUGACGCUGGUGGCGGGCGAGACGAGGGUGGCGGCUCACAGGGCCGUGUUGGCAGCCGCGAGCCCCGUGUUCGCAGCGAUGUUAGCGCACGACGUGCUGGAGGCCAGCUGCGGCCAGGUGAGCAUCGACGACGUGGAGGGCCCGGUGCUGAGGCUCCUGGUGGCCUACACGUAUACCCUGCAGGUCCCCCAGCUGCCCGACACGGCCCUCCAGCUGCUCUCGGCGGCCGAGAAGUACGGCUUGUCGGCCCUGAAGGUUGCCUGCGAGCGGCAGCUGAUCUCGCAGUUGGCCGUCGAGACCGCAGCGGCGACGGCCGUCAGGGCAGUGAGGCACUCGUGCCCGGACGCCACGAGGGCUGCCGUCGCCUUCAUAAAGGACCACCUGCAGGUGAUGGCCACGCGGGGCUGGGCGGACGCUCUGCUCGAGUACCCGCAAGAAGUCAACGAAGUCAUCCGUCUACUCAGUGAGCCACCAGCAGAAGCCAGCUCGCCGACCGCCACAGGGGGCGGGUCCACCCCCAACUCUGACCGUCAACACCACAGCGGCCACAGCCGGACUCCUGCUGCAGCUGCGCCUCCCACGUCUGCCCGACACACCCCUCCACCUGAUGACGCAGCCGUCUCUCGCUUCCGACUUCAAAGUGUUGGUUUGUUGUUCCGGUGAGAGGCAACAAGGCCAGGCUCACUCGAUUACGGGGCCAGCGUGUGUGGGCGGUGGUGUUGUGACGUCACCA